AUGUCACCUGAAUCUUCGUCAUCGUUAUUACCUGAUCGACCGAUCCGUCCGUUACCGAAACGUCGACUUCGAGAGCGGCUUUCUCCUGAUGUUGCCCAGAGCAUCAAAUAUCCCCCGGCACCACAGACUACGACACCAUUGUUCCUCUACCCAUACCACUCACGAGAAGAGCCCGCCACAGGAAGUACAGACUUGAUAGGCACCAUCCAUCGAGAUAAUGGGCUCAAACCCGCGGCGGAUGCUGGUUUUCGUAGGAAUGGCCUUGUGGGUAGUCGUGAAGAUGACCCCCCUGUGAACCAGGCCAGACGGGCGUUGGGCUCCAAGAGUUUUCACGAACCAGGAGAGGAACAUGGGGUACGCGUGGCCCAAAGAUCUGGGCUCCAAAGACAACCAAAGCCACAACCACCUCCAUCUACAGCCUCUUCCGCAGAUGGGUACGAUUCGUUCGAGAAUACAAACAACAAGAAGAAAAGAAAAAUACCAAUUGCGGGAGAAACGAUAUUGAACGGGACACAUGUGCUGAAUGAGCCGGCAUCAUUCGGGAUCCCCUCACCGCCGACAACUGUGGAGGAUGAUGGCGUGGACCAUGUUACAACAAGUACUUCAUACUACUCUGGGGGCGCUCUCAGUAGUGGGCAGGGGAUUUCUGGUCCUGGAAGGGGAAGAUAUGGUAGGAUACGAAAUGGUAGGAGCCCUUUGCGUGCCCUAUCCGAUUCGAAUGCCAACUGGACUGGACGCAACAUGAAGUUGCGCUCAGCGGGUCAAUAUCCCUCCCCUCCUGCUGAGAGCCUAGGUAUCAUAUCAACGGCCAUUGCCAGCGCUGAAAAGUUUCCAAUGGCGGCAGGGCAGGAGAAUGUCAGCCUUCUCCAGCAACAAAUACCUACGAAGCCAAGCUCCCGCACAUCAACGCAGUUUACCUUCACGUUUGGUGCUCAAAAUCUAGCUUCCUGGCCGGGGUCGGACCCUGCUCCGCACGGCAUAUCCGGUUCUCAUCGUGCACAUCAUCCGAGUUCCACAACUGAGUAUCAUGGCACCACUGCUAGAAGUACUCAGACACGGUCCGGUACAUCGCCUAAUCUAUCCGGACUUAGCAACACUCACCCAACCGAUGAUAAUUUUGGGAAAGGGGCGCCAAAUGCGGCUGACCCGCCCAAGAAGUCCAAGAGACGAGGCAAUUCGCUUCUACGAGCCGCCCGACAGCGCCGCAGGGAUACAGAAUACCAGAAUAUGCAUCACCCGCCGGCGCCGGAAGAUUAUUACCUUUGCGAGUUCUGUGAAUAUGAGCUCAUCUUCGGCCACGCACCCGAAGCUUUAAUUCGUCAGUAUGAGAUAAAAGACCGUCGUCGGCGCCGAGAAGAGGCAGAACGACGCCGUCUUUUGGAGAAGGCGAAGAUGAAAUCACGGAAGGGCAAAAAGGCGAGCACCAGCAAGGGGGUGGCUGCCAAAGGUAGUAUCUCGGACCGCACCUCGGAUCGCACUUCUGUGGCAGCCAACGAUGCGCAGCAUCAACCUCCCAUAGCUCACCGGCACGAUCAAGACGAAGGCGAUGAAAUCCGGAGUGAAGCAUUUGAUUCAGAUGAUAAUUACGACGAUCAUCUCUCGCACGAGGAUGAAAUGCCGACGCUAGUACCUGAUGAGCGAUAUGUACAACCCACGUACCCUGCUCCGGCAGGCGCCCCAGAUGCCGGAGGCGGGCCGCCUACAAGGCGCAGAUAG